UCUGUUGUCGUGUGUUUAUCGAGGGAAUGCGAAGGGAUAGGGGUGUUUGGAAUUGGCCGGAUGAGUCUUGGGAGUCGUGAAGCUGUUGUUUGUUGUUGCCGUCAUGGAGCAGGUCGUCGUUCGGUGGAAUUGGCUGCAAGAGUCUUGAGAGGCGUGAUGCCGUUGUUUGUUGUUGCUGUUGGGGAGCAUCUUGCGUCUGGAGCGGAUCAAUGUCUUUGUGGCUCUGUGUCCCUUCGUGUCUGUCUCUCCCUUUGUUGUGGUCUUGAAGAGUUUGCAGAUGUUGUUGGACGAUUCAGUCUUCCCGGUGGGCGGAGCUUGUUGCGCGAGUCUUGAGAGUCAUCUUGCUGUUGCUUGUUGUCAUCGUAGGGGAGCACCUUGUGCUUGGAGGUAUGCGACAGCACGGUCGAUGAUGUGAGAUCUGAAGGUGGGAAAGGGAGGGAGCGGGCGUUGGGUUUGCUGGUGGGGGAGGAGGAUAAGGUCGUUAAGGUAGUCCCAUGCGCGUGGUGUGUGCGGUAUGUUAUAUCUGUCGAGUGUGAGGGGGGAUGUGAGCAUGUCGUGGAUGAUGGCAGUGGAACGGGUUGCGCCCCAAGGCUCAAGAGGGAGCCACCAAAGGGGAUCGGUCUGACGGAUUCUGUGAGGUUGAAGAGGAGGGCGUAGAGGCGGCGAAGCAGAAGCAAUGAAAGAUUGUUUGUGGUAGGCGGUUGUAUCCAGUCGCACUGGUAGUGGGGGCGGGUGAAAAUGGGGGAGCGAAUUUUGUUGUAGUCGUCAUUGACGAUUUUUAGCAUGAAGGUUUUCAUUUGUGUGAAAUGGAUGUUGGGAUGCGGGUGAGGGUCUGGGCAGUGGAGGAUGUGUGUGCGGUUUUGUUUGUAAAUGUCGAAGAAGUCGUAGAGGUGAGGCGAAAAGGCAGCGUGGUAGGUAGCAAGGAAGUCUUCCCACAGAAGCUGGUCGAUAACGUGAUUGAUGUUAUUGGGGUUGAUGAGAGGGAUCCAGGUGUCGAAUGAGGGGAGGGGGAGGCGAGCGAGGGUGUCGUCAUCGAGAUCGGACGGUGAAGAGGUUAGGUGUUGUGAGGAGGAUGGCAAAGUUAAGGCAGUGAGUGUUGGAGUGGUUGUGAGUUGUGAAGAUAUAGAAGAAGCAAUUACGGAUGUGGAUGUGGUAGUGGAGACUGUGGUAGGCGUUGUGAGAGGCACAACGAUUUGUGACGGUGUGGAUGAAGCAAGGGUUGUAGCAGUUGGAGCAGGUGUUGAUGUGGUUGUCGAUGGAGAUGUCGCGGCGGUUGCAAAUUUCUUAGGGAAAGUAGCAGUCGGGGCAGGAGUUGUAGCAGUGGUUGAUGUAGGUGUUGCAGUCGUUGUUGCACUGGUCGUUGUCGCGUUGAUCUUUUAGCUUGUUUGUCGGUGUUCGAUGUUGAGGUCUUCUGUUUUUUUGGCGGUGAACCUGCAGGAGAGACAAAGAUGCAGUGUAAGAGGAGGCGGAUGAAUAUUUAGUCAAGGAUAUCUUUGUAUACAAUAUUGGCAGUUUGUUGAAGAGGUGUAGGGAGGGAGAAACGUAUAUGGGCGGGGUCGCCAACUCUCGAUGCAGCAACGUAAAGUUGGCCAUGUGCAAAUGGUGGUUGGUAAAGAUCAAUGGCAGCAUGUUUGAUGGAUUGGCCUUAUGAUUUGUUGAUGGUGAUUGCGAAGGCGAGAUGGAUGGGGAAUUGUCGCCUUUGGCACGGGAAGGGGGAUGAGGCAUCAGUGAUUGUCAGCAAGAUACGUGGUACGAGAAUAGGGUCAAGGGACGGCAGGGUUCGAUCGUGAAGGGGUCUGUUGUUUGUGAUGGAGUCAAUAAUGAGUUGGGUGCCGUUGCAGAGGCCGUUUCUCAUGGCGAUAUUUCGUAAGACGAUGACAGGGGCGCCUUUUUUCAUUCAGAGGAUGUGGGGGGGCAGUGAUGGAAGGUCCAGUGAGUUGAGAGUGUCGGCAGGGACAUCAGGGAAGCUUGCAUUCGGGAGGAGGGAGUCGGCACUAAGGGACGUGAUGACGGGUCUUGGAAAUGAAUCAAGAAUUAUAUUGUUAAGUGUUGAAACGACUUUGUUUUUGAAUGACAAAAUAAGCCGUUCAGCAAGCCAUUGCGGGUUUGUGGAGUUUUCUUGCAGGUGAGGGAAUGUCCAGUUUAUAAGUUCGGGAGUGUCGCCGUGGAGGCAAAGGUGACUUGGGAGGGGAAUGGUAUUCGGAGGUGCAUUAUGUGUUUGUUCAAUUUGACCGUUUCCGAGUGCGAGUAACCAUUCAGCAUAGUUAUGUCCGGCAGGAGUAUUGAUUUGUGUUAGGACAUGCAUGUUCUCAGAAAGACGCAUUGUGCGGAAGUGUUGUCAAAGAAAGGAGGAUUUUAUGCACGCGUUUACAGUUUGGGCGCGUGUGCCUUUGAUGAUAACAAGAAGGAUUUGUCAGAAAUCCCCACCGAGAACAGAGAUUUUUCCACCGAAUGCAAGUGAGCAAGAACAAAUGUCUUGCAACGUU